AUGCGUAACGAUCUACUCGAAGGUCCAUCCUCACUAAUCCACUCGCCAAGUCUUGAUUUAGAUGAUACGCCGUCAGGAACCUCAACUCGUAGCUACGCUGAGGCAUCACGUCAAAAGAAUGGUCCAUAUACGAUCAUCGUUAGGGGAAAGACAUUUAUCCUUACAAGAGAUCAAAUCCAAUUCGAUUCUCCUAAUUUAUUUACGAUUGCAUUUCUAGAUGAUAUUUAUUCAGAAAAUGUUUCAGGACGGUUACGUUUAGAUAGUAGAUCACCCGAUUUAUUUGAAAUAAUUGUUGAAUAUUUAUCAGGUUAUCCUAUUUUACCUGUUAAAGAACCGGCCAAGUUAUUAGCAGAUUCAAAGUAUUAUGGAUUAGAUGGAUUAAGAGAUCUAUUAAGUUUACCAAUAGUCGGACCAUCUUUAAGUUCAAGACACUCUAUCAGAAAGGUUGUGAGAUUAGAGGAUAUGGUCAGUGGUAGGACUAAUGACAUAGAAUGGACGAAGGAUGGUUUAGUUGAAGUAGCACGUGGACCUCCGAGCCAUGUGAUGGUUUUCAUCACGGGAGCUUCGUUCAGGUUGGAUAUGACAGUAACGUUGAAUGGAGAAUGUGUACAGGCGCUCUUUGGGAUCGAAUUGCCACCCUAUGCGGAAGAUACACACGAAUGGACAACAAUGAUGGCCGAAUCUCUUUCGGCUACACCUGUAGUAUUGAACGAUGGUGCCUUCGAUGGAAACUUUGGGGAUCUUGUCAAUUGGGUGGCUUCGUUCUUGGAACGUUUCUCUCCUCCACGUGACAAGUUAACAGCUGCCAAUUACGAACGAGGAAUUAGACCAGUACCUUUGCAAGAGCCGGAUAUCACUGAAAGCCUAACUCGUAUCAUGCCAGGUUUGGCUGGAAAUCUUCGACUUGAAGCGUCACAAGGCCACACAGCUCUAAAACUUACGACCUCAUUCUGGGCGACUGAAUUGUCCGUCAUCGUCACCCCAAUGUUUACAGAUUCAAGCCAAGUAGAAAAUCCUCCAAAACUAGUGGCUAAACUUUUAAAUUGUAGUCUGACUACCGGUCUCUUCAGAAGAAGAGCACUAAGGCCGAUUGUGCAAAGAAGUGACGAGGAUCAAUAG